AUGAGCAGCGAGGGAGAAAUUACGCAUCCCACCAUCAAGGAUGGCUGGUUCCGUGAGAUUUCGGACAUGUGGGCUGGCCAGGCCAUGACCCUCCGUGUCAAGAAGGUCCUGCACCAUGAGAAGAGCAAGUAUCAGGAUGUCCUAAUCUUCGAAUCGACCGAUCAUGGCCGUGUUCUGGUUCUGGACAAUGUCAUCCAGUGCACUGAACGCGAUGAGUUCUCGUACCAGGAGAUGAUCACCCACUUGGCCAUGAACUCUCACCCUGAGCCCAAGAAGGUCCUUGUCAUUGGCGGCGGUGAUGGUGGUGUGCUGCGUGAGGUCGUCAAGCACGAGUGCGUCGAGGAGGCUAUCCUCUGCGACAUUGAUGAGGCUGUCAUUCGCCUCUCCAAGCAGUAUCUUCCCAAUAUGGCUGUUGGCUUCAACCACCCCAAGGUCAAGGUCCACGUUGGCGAUGGCUUUAAGUUCCUGGCCGAGUAUAAGAACACAUUCGACGUGAUUAUCACCGACUCUUCCGACCCCGAGGGUCCCGCCGAGUCUCUGUUCCAGAAGCCCUACUUUCAGCUCCUCUAUGAGGCCCUCCGCGAUGGCGGUGUUAUUACUACCCAAGGUUCCGAGAACCAAUGGCUCCACCUCCCUCUCAUCACCAAGCUCAAGAAGGACUGCAGCGAGAUCUUCCCUGUGGCCGAGUAUGCCUACACUACCAUCCCGACCUACCCGUCGGGCCAGAUUGGCUUCAUGGUCUGCUGCAAGGACCCCAACCGCGACGUCAAGGUCCCUCUGCGCACCUGGUCCAAGGAGGAGGAGCGCAGACUGUGCAAGUACUACAAUUCUGAGAUCCACAAGGCUGCCUUUGUCCUGCCUACAUUCGCCCAGAUGGCUCUGGAGCAGUAA